AAAAUUCAAUAUGACGAACGAUUCCUUAUUCGCCUUCGUCUCCUCCUCUUCCUCCGCCGUCUACCCAUUCUUCACUACCCAACCCUCACGCUACCACCAUCGUCUCCGUUUCCUGCCUCCUCCUGCCUCAUUCUCUCCUUCUGCUCGCCGCCGGAUCUCGUCCCCUGUCCGUUGCACCUCCGGCCUUUCAGAUAUAGAAGGAGGUUGUAAAUCAGAAGUAGAGGAUCCAACAGCUGGUCUAAGAGAUAUGGAUGUUGCUCAAUCAGGCUUGUAUCCAUUACAGCGUUGUAAAACUGUGCAUCUGGUUAGACAUGCACAAGGUAUUCAUAAUGUGGAAGGUGAGAAGGACUUCAGUGCAUACAUGUCUCCAGAACUUUUUGAUGCACAUCUUACUCCAUUGGGGUGGAAUCAGGUUGAUAAUCUUCGUAAACAUGUAAAAGCGUGUGGCUUGGCAAGGAAAAUUGAAUUGGUCAUUACAUCUCCAUUAUUGAGGACAAUGCAAACAGCAGUUGGAGUGUUUGGAGGUGAGAGUUAUACUGAUGGAGUGAACAUACCUCCUUUGAUGGUUGAAAAUGCAGGGCACAGUGGUCAACCUGCUAUUUCCAGUUUGAAUUGUCCACCUUUCAUAGCAGUUGAACGAUGUCGUGAACACCUGGGAGUUCACCCAUGUGAUAAGAGAAGAAGUAUAAGCGAGUAUCAACAACUUUUUCCUGCAAUUGACUUUUCUUUGGUAGAAAAUGAUGAAGACAUAUUGUGGAAAGCUGAUGUAAGAGAAGCUAAUGAAGAAGUUGCAGCUAGAGGAGUGAAGUUUAUCAACUGGUUAUGGACACGUAAAGAGAAGGAAAUUGCUAUUGUUAGCCAUAGUGGAUUCUUGUUUCAUACUUUACAAGCAUUUGGUGGUGACUGUCAUUCUAUUGUGAAGGAGGAAAUUAGUAAACACUUUGCUAACUGUGAACUGCGCUCCAUGGUUUUAGUGGAUAGAAGCUUGCUUGGUUCUGAAACAUCUAGUUGCAAUUAUCCUGGCAAGAUACCGCAUGGUCUUGACCUGCCGAGUGAUGUUGCCGAUGAGAAGCACACAGAGAAAACGUUUCUAAAUUAACAUGGUCGAGUGUAGGUUAUGGUAUGCCCAUGAAUCAAUCAGCUACAUAAAUGCAAGGAUUCAAGAGUUUUUGGACAAAUUUAUUGUUUGCUCAGGAGGAAUGCCGGUGCAUUCUUUUCUCUGGUCACUUAAUUAAUUAGCUAUAGGCAUAUACUACAUUUAAGGAAAUUGUAUCUUAUUAUUUUGAUUAAAUCCAACAAGUUUAUAUCACGUCCUAGGUGAAAUUACAGAUGUCUCUAUCAUAAGCUUAUGUUUUGUCAGGUGAAACAUGUGUCUACUUUGAUGCAUGUUUUGUUUCUUGAGAUGCACGACGAAUAAUUUUUGAAAAACUUCA